UUUCAGAAACACGAGCAUUAUCUUGCAGAAAAGAUGACAUUUACUGGCUUAUUUUUCUUCUGUAUGCUGAUGAACAUCCUAACAGAUGCCCGAUCCAUCCGGGAUGGAGAUGAUCUGUACCAGGAAGCUGUAGCCCUGCCAUACUGGCCCUUCUCCUCCAACGAUUUCUGGUCCUACGUGGAAUAUUUCCGGACCUUGGGAGCCUACAACAGGAUCAAUGAAAUGGCCAGAGCUUUCUUUGCCCAGUUCCCUUUUGGGAGCCACCUUGGCUAUCACGUGCCUGACCACGAGCACUGAGUGCCUCGCUCAGCUUUGCCAGAGCCAGUGCCAAGGUGUUUGGGUGAACACCUGUCUAACAGCAAACACACCUAGGCUGCCCUCAGCUGCUUUGUGAUACUCACUGCAGUCACACACAGCAUUUCAUGCUUUAAAUUAGUUUCCUUUUUACAGUUGAUGAGUGCCAAGGUGUUAGAGCGAAUACCUGCCAGCAAA